UUUUCCUAAAGAAAUAAGUUGCGCUAAUCACUUAUAAAUAAACAAAAACAUAAAUUGUGAUAUUAAGCUUUAGAAAUAUAUCAUGCUUACUAUAAAAAUAGUAAAAUGAUAUGAGACAUUGGGGAGACGUAAAAUCUACACUAUAAAUCAUUUUUUCUCACUACACAAUUUCCCUUUUUUUAAUAAAAUAAAUGUCCAGUCACAUCUACUUUAUAAAAAAUGCAGCAUAAAAGAGCCUUUUCCAUAAGUGGAAAGAAUUUCUCCAAAAUAAUUCAAACAAGAGUUUUAGAGGGAAAAAUUAAAUUAUCACCAUUUUAAUUAUUAUAAACGGUCAACAAUUAAUUUAAUUUUCAUCUAUAUACAUGGCAUUUCAUUUAUUUGAAUUUUCAUUGCAAAUGCAGAGUGGAAGAAAAAUUUUUCAUUUACGCCAACCCUAAAAAUGACAGUAAGUGUGAGUUAAAUAUCAAUGCUUUUCAAUAAUACAAUUGAGACAAAUAUAGCAGGUAAAAUUAGGUUUUAAACAAAAUUUUGUCAAAAAACAAGUAAUUACUUUCCAAAUUUGAACAAAUCAGACACAAAUCUACAGAGGUAGCAAAAUUUACACUACAAGACUUUCAAUUUAUUUACACAUAAUUAUGCUGCAAGUUUUCUUGUUGCUCCAUGACUCACUGUAGCAUUCAAAUCACGUUCACAAUUUGCAUAAGCUACACCAAGACCAAAUCCAGCACCCAACAGGAUAGGCCAACCACGCCCUACAACAAAUAGUAAUGAAAAAACAGCUCCUACUGCAGUGCCACCACCAAUUUUGAAAACCGAAUCAGUGAGACAUCUGUCCCACUUCUUGCCCAUUUCUUCUUCAGACCAGGUGUUUACGCCCACAGCCAUUUUUGCAGUAGUGCCCAGUCGGCUCGCCGAUCACUCCAGUUCACUCACACUUGGGUCAGUUCCUCUUUCGGAGAGCACGAACAGGGAGAGCUCGUCAAGAGCCGGCCUACGGUAUAUCGUUUAGGUGCAGCGGAGGCUGAGCGGAUCUGAGAAGGCAUAACAACUUAAUUUUUUUCGUGUAUUCCAACAAUAACCCCUCCUGACAACAAUGCCGCUCGAAGACUACAAAGAUAUUGUUGCUACAUCAGCAAGCGUUACCACAAUAGCGCAAAUGCUUUCAGGAGUGGUUAUAUGUUAUGAUAUAGUAAAGAAAGGAUCUACUGAAAAUAUUGCUGUGAUGCCUUUUCUAGGUGGCACUGCAAUGAGUAUGUUGAUGCUGGAAUAUUCUAAUAUAUUGAAUGAUCCAGCUAUGACACAAGUGAAUUGGUUUGGCUUAAUUCUCAAUUUUGGAUAUCUUGUCUGCUAUUAUAUAUAUACUGAUGACAAGAAAUCAGUUCGUUCUCAAUCGUUUCUUGCAUCUCUUUUUGUGGGUGCUUUUAUAUUAUAUGCUAAAUUAGAAUCUCCAGAUUUGGUGGAAUUUCGUUAUGGAGUAAUCAUUACUGUUCUCUUGAUGUUACUGAUAGCAUCACCUCUCUUCUCUUUGAAAGAAAUAAUUCAGACUCAGAGUACUGCAACUUUACCUUUUCCCCUUAUUCUUACCGGUACACUUGUUUCAGCUCAGUGGCUGCUGUAUGGUAUCAUAAUUAAAAAUGAAUUCAUACAGUUUCAGAACGUUGUUGGUUUUGGGUUGUCUGUAAUUCAGUUGUCUCUAUUUGCAAUUUAUCCAAGUAAACCCAAGAAGAAGGCUGAAUAAAGACACAGUAGUGAAUAGCAUUCCCAAUCCAGUUAUUGGAUGGCAUGAAUAAUUAUGUUGUUGCACAUUCCUCUUCUGGAGAUGACCAAGUGUGCCUUCCUUUCUGGCUGCAAAUUUUUUGUGGUCGAUGUGCUAAUUCUGUUAAGUCAAGAUUUUACAUAAUGAGAUGAAAUAGAAAAAGUGAAGUUGUGUAAAAAGAAAUAUGUGUUAGCUGAAACUCGCUGCUGAUAAUUAAUUAAACCAAAUACGCUCUACUGUCACCUCACUUUAAAAACCAUCUAGGUCCCAUUUUCCUCGUUCAUAUUAUAUAACGAAUCUUAAUAAAAACAUUUUGAUGAAUCUUAGUUAAUAACAUGUAAUAAUUGUUACUUCAUCCUAUAAUAAUGAAAAACAAAUUGCAUCAAAACAUUAAGACUAGAGCUUUUAUUCUGACUUACUGAUAACAGUUUGAAAUAUGUUUUCUUCUCUCCUAUAAAAAUUGGGUUAAAGUAGGGUACACGGUACACCCUCAGAGAAGCAUGGCAGCGGGGAGGGAGUUGUCUUCUUAAGCCCUCCCUUAAAUUACGUUAUGUGCUGUGAUAGAAAUUACGGAUAGGCGAUUUUCAUGUCUUUGCUCAUCAUAUACUUUGCCCCCCCCCCGCAUUGUAAUGUCAAUUUACUAUCAAUGGCUAGUUUUCUUGCUUCUCUUGCUCAGACCUAAGUCACGGCGAGGCUCGGGCCUUUCCCCCUUGCAUUCACUAUAAACAUCCUUGAGUCUAUCCACUGCAUAAUUACCAAUUCACUUUUUUAAUAAAGCACUUUUCAAAAAGCCUCCAGAAUGCAAACUGUGCAGUUGCCGCCAGAGCUGUGCGGAGUGCUGGUUUAAACUUCUGUUAGUUUCCCUGUAUACUAGACUUCAGACCCCCAAAAUAUUUUUUUGGGGCUUUGGUUUUGUAAAAUAAGGUGGCAGUAUGCAAUGGCUUCAUUUUGCAUAAUUCACAUUUUUCUUCAUAUCAAGAAUUGAUAUUAGCUCCUAGAGCUCACGUAUCAUAAACAAGACAUUCAAUUUCUUAAUAUAUAUUUUAUAAUUGAAUUUUGAGAGCUAUUUUUUUAAAAUGCAUGUAACUUGUCAACUGUGGUAGUGAUUUUUAUAUCACAUUGAAUGCUAUAUACAGAUGAUACACUUAAUUUUUUAAGCUGUACAUCUCAAAUCAAAGAUUUAUUUCAAUGAAUUUUGGUUAACUUUUAAAUCAAAUUAGUUUUUGGUCAUAUAAAUUUUAUAAAAUAAAGUUUUGAAAUGUUAUUUAUGAAAUAUUAAAAUGUUAGGAUUUAUGAAAUAACCUUUAUUGUAAGAAAUUGUUUUGUGAUAUUGUAUUUAAUAUCUUGUUACAGUAUUUAACUUCGUUAUUAUUGAAGUUUUUAAAGUUUAGGGAUUGAAUGUAUACAACAAAAGUGUAUAUUUUUGUAUGUGAAACUGGUGGAUGUAUAAUAUUUGUACGUAAAAGAAUCCAAUAACAGGGUAUAUCAAAGUGUACAUUCUGUGAUGUGUGGUAUACAGGAGUGUUGAGAGGAGUGCCUUAAUUGCUUCCUUACUUGCACUGUGGUACUUCUUGUAUUAAUUUUUACAAGACAUUUUCCCCAUAUUUUUCAUUUUGUAAUGUGCAUUAUUGCCAUCUUUGUCCAUAGAAUGGAAGACUUGAACUACAUUUUUUACUUACAAAGGAUCAUUUCUGAUGUAUAUCUAAGUAUUAUAUUUUUCAUUGAUAUUAGCAGUUUUUCAUAUUCGUUUCUUCAGAGCAAGUUUUGUUGAAAUUUACAUAAAAAAUUAUCUUGAGUCGUAAGUUGGGAAAGGAAUAAAAAUAAUGGUUUAGUUUCAUAUAAGAGAGCGCAUUAAGUCAUUAAAUGCUUUUUGUAACGUUAUACAUGAACGCUCUUUGUUCCUAGAACGACACAUUCCUGUAAUAGAAUAAUUAUACCUAGAUUUACUGUAUUCCAAUUCUGUGCUUUUUAAAAAGUGACAAAAGUUGUCUUUAUUUUAUCAUACCAGUGUUCUUAAGAUUAUCACUAAGAUAGUACUAAUACCAUUAAUAUUAGUUCAGUAUAGCUAUUACUGUACUAAAAUUAG